AGCUCUCCUCUUCUUCACAUAUCAAGCAAAACUAAAGAACAGGGGUGUCCUCUGACAUAUGCAAAUCUCUUUAAACUUCACACGUACAGAGCUUUAGUAACCUCUCGGGUCUCUUCACAUUCACAGAUCUGUGUGAAAAAUACCUCUCAGGUUUAAAAAUACACCCGUCUCUCAGUCACAUAUACAGUUUAUUAAACCAGAUACAGCUCUCUUCCUCACAUAGCUAGAAAUAUAAACUCAUACACACACAUCACUGUUCAAAAAGGGAUCAUUCUUUUUCAAUCCGAUUCACAAUGUGCACUUAGGAAGCGGAGCUGUCUGUAUCUAUCAUUAUCAGCAGCACGGUGACACACACACACGCACACACGGACAGACGCUCUCCCAGAAUAAUCCAGCCAUUGAUAAACACAUCAGUGCACAGCAGCACAGCAAGGGCUAAUGGAGACUGCACUGAUCUUCCUGUGUUCUGCACUUGUUCCUGUGCUGGGAGCCAGUGAGGAAGAGAAGUCACAAAAUCCUUUCUUUUAUGAUUAUGAGAGCCUGCGGAUUGGAGGACUUGUGUUUGCAGUUGUACUCUUCACCAUGGGAAUUCUUCUGAUCUUAAGCAGGAGGUGCAGAUGCAACAUGAACCAGAAGCCAAGAGCACCAGGGGAUGAAGAAGCUCAGGCAGAGAAUCUCAUCUCAUCAAAAGCCCGGAGUGCACCAAAAGCAGAAAACUGAUGAGAAACUGGUGCUGCUAGUAUUCUUCAAGAACAAGCUACGCAAAAAUAAGAAUCAACUUCUUUUCCUGCAACAAUCAAUCCUCCUUUUCAGACCUCCCACCACUCUCUGUUGUGUGUCUGCUCCAUGUGUUAUGAUACCAUAGCUGUAGUUUUGGAUUGUGCCUCAGUGUUGCUGUUCUCCUUUUCGCCGUUUAUAUUUUAGCAUGUAUUUUGGAGGGGGGGUCUCCCGGGGGUUGAGAAGGAAAAAGACAUCAGUAAACAGUAUCAUGCUGCAUUAGAGGGUAGCAUUGGCCAUCACAAAGCACAAUACAUAUUUUAGUUGUUUUUUUUUAUUUGGGUUUUUUAUGCUUUCUGCAGUCAGUCAUUCCUUUUCAUUUAUGCUCUAUGUCUCCCAGUCUAACAGGUUUUUAAUGACGACAUACAAUGUUAUUUAUGACUCAAAUUCACAAACUUGUGUUAGUGCCUUUAACUGAUCUCAUUAAAUACACUGAGAUAAAUGCA